AUGGUGGAGUAUAUUCCAUUCCACAAGAAUUGCAAAAACAUGACGGUGGUCGGCGAGUUAGAAAUCACACCCGAUGGGAUCGGGUGUAAAGUGAACGAGUUUUUACAAGUGAUGUACUUCGCAUGUAAGAGCGCCGACGAAAUGAAGUCAAUCCAAGACCACGGCUUUCCUCUUGUCGACGGAAACUGCGGAAAGGGGGUCUACAUGUAUCGAAACUAUUCCGAUGCCAUUGCCGAUUCAUCAAAUUUCAUUAUCUUCACACGUGUCACCAAAGGAAAUUUCAAAGAAAUCGUCCCCUCUGAUCUUCCAAACCUAAACAUCACCAACAUCGACAGAGUAGUCUUGACUGACGGUGACAAGAUCACCAAUUGCAUUUAUAACACUGCAAAUAUCGACAUCAUCGCCUUCUUAGAGUUCGUCGAUAAGUGA